AUGGAAAUCGAAAAGAGUGAGACAGACCCAACCUAUGAACAACGAAAGGCGUAUUACCAGUCCUGUUUUCCUACCGAUGAUUUUUAUCGCUGGGUGACACGAGACGGCAAAUUCUCAGACACCCGCGAGUUAUCCUUCACUCAACCGGACAGCACAUAUCUUCGUUUCCAACACUUUUCGAGUUCUACUGAGUUCCAGAAACGGCUGAACAUGAAGUGUCCGCUGAAGUUUGAUAUAGGUGCUAUUUAUGAUAAGUUAUUAACGGGGACUGGAGGGGUUCCCAAGUUACGUGAAUUUGUUAUAGAUAUAGAUAUGGAUGAAUAUAAUGAUGUUCGGUAUUGUUGUAAAGGUGCUACGGUGUGUCCGAAGUGUUGGCCUUUAUUAGUUUCGGCAUCCAAUCUUCUCAAUUUCGUUUUGGUAACUCAUUUUGGAUUUAAACAUGUGUUAACAGUUUUCAGUGGUCGACGUGGACUCCACUUCUGGGUCUGUGAUCGUUCCGCAAUGGAAAUGAGUGAUUUGACACGUAACUAUGUCGUCCAAUACCUCAAUCUCUUCGAAGCAAAAAACGUGAAUGAGAAAGGCGAGAGUUUCGUGAUCGUGAAAAGACAACAUGAUUUGUUCGACACCGCUUUUGAUAUUUUAGAACCUAUUUUUGGAAAGUAUUGCACCGAUCAAGAAAUUUUUUGCAAUCAGAAUAGAAGAGACAGAUUUUUAAGAUUGAUCGGCGACGCAAAAAGCCGAUCACUUUUACAGGAAAAAGGCGACAAUUUGACGUGGGAGGUCGUGAGGAAAGUUAUCACGACGCCGCUUGAUCUCCAAAAGAUUGUCUUUACCUAUUUAUAUCCACGACUUGAUAUUAACGUCUCAACAAAGUUAAACCAUUUGUUGAAAGCACCUUUUUGCAUCCAUCCUGGAACAGGAAAAGUGUGUGUUCCUAUUCACUUUACCGAUGUAGCUGAUUUUGAUAUUAAACAAGUCCCAACGAUGGAAGAGGCGAUUAAGGAAAUGUCAGAGACGAUGGAUACAGAGGAGGGGGAAUAUAGCUACAAACACUUUUUGAAAUGUUUCCACACGUUUGUGGACGAUUUGGUCCAAGAUAAAAACGCGAUUUGA